GCCCUCGCCGACCGCCCAGCCCCCGCCGCACCGCCGUCAGCGCCCGCAGGCCGCCAGCCGCGCCGCCAUGGGGGUGGAGGGCUGCACCAAGUGCAUCAAGUACCUGCUCUUCGUCUUCAAUUUCGUCUUCUGGCUGGCCGGGGGCGUGAUCCUUGGCGUGGCCCUGUGGCUCCGCCAUGACCCGCAGACCACUAACCUUCUCUACCUGGAGCUUGGAGACCGGCCUGCGCCCAACACCUUCUACGUGGGCAUCUACAUCCUCAUCGCUGUGGGCGCUGUGAUGAUGUUUGUGGGUUUCCUGGGCUGCUAUGGGGCCAUCCAGGAGUCACAGUGCCUGCUGGGAACGUUCUUCACCUGCCUGGUGAUCCUGUUUGCCUGUGAAGUGGCUGCCGGCAUCUGGGGCUUUGUCAACAAGGACCAGAUCGCCAAGGACGUGAAGCAGUUUUACGACCAGGCCCUGCAGCAGGCCGUGCUGGACGAUGAAGCCAGCAAUGCCAAGGCCGUGGUGAAGACCUUCCAUGAGACGCUGAACUGCUGUGGUUCCAAUACACUGACCACACUGGCCACUUCGCUGACCAAGAACAGCCUGUGUCCCUCAGGCAGCACCUUCCUCAGCAACGUCUUCAAGGAGGACUGCCACCAGAAGAUCGACGACCUCUUUUCUGGGAAGCUGUACCUGAUUGGUAUCGCAGCCAUCGUGGUUGCCGUGAUCAUGAUCUUCGAGAUGAUCCUAAGCAUGGUCCUGUGCUGUGGAAUCCGCAACAGCCCUGUAUACUGAGGCUGGAAGCGGCCGGCCAUGUGCACAGCGUCCCCGGAGGCGGCCGGCCGUGUGCACAGCGUCCCCGGUAUUACUCUGUGCCGUGUACAUAGCGUCCCCGGUAUUGCUCUGUGCACUCAGCCUUUUCGUUUCCCAGGUCUCCUUUUUGUUCUCAAGCCCUUGCCACCUUUCCAGGGCUGGUGGCCCUCGUGGGUGACGUGGGAGUGGACCGGCGGCCUGGGGUUGCAGGGCAGGGCCCGUGAGGCUCCUCUGCUCUGAGGACCAGGGAGGGAGCCUGCCUGGCCCUGGGGCCUGACCCUGCAAGCUGAGGGGCCGCAGCCCUGCCCCACCCGUCAGCCCGCACCUUUUGUAGCCCUGACUCCCCCUCCUCUGACUGUUUCUAGAGCAGCGUUUGAGCUCUUAGCUCCACAGCAGCGCUCCUUUCUAACAUGUCACCCCCAGCUGUAAUUACGUCAUCUCCAGUCACAACAGUCACUCAGUAAAGAAGGAAAAACCAGGCAUGCUA